GUUCGUCACAAACGACGCAAAUGCUUCUAUAACCCAGCCAAAACCUUUUUCUUUCUUUUUUUCUUUUUUGAAUUUGAAAAACAAGAUUAUUCCGGCGACUUCUCGUGCAUCACAGUGUCUCACAAAACCCUUCACAGCUAGGAGCUCGUUAAAACGAGCGACUUUACUUUUGGACCGCCGUGUCUUCACUAUCUAUCAGCAAGACAAAUGCUCUACGUUCUCAUUCCAAUCUAAACGGUUAUAUGACUAGGUGGUGGUAUUCAUAAGAGGCAUUAUUGCUGCCGCUUAAUCUGCAGUUGUGUGGUAUUAAGUGUGAUCUUCAGAAAACCGUCUUGGGAUCUCGAGAUGACGGGGGACUUCGUAAUGGAGGUGUCAAGCAUGUCAGCAGAGACUCAGAAUAUCUUUAAUCUGAACAGUGAGGUAAUAUCAGACUCUGAUGAUCACCGUGGCACAGUGUCAUCUCCACCGGACGGUUUGCUGGUACAAAUAUCGGGCCUUGAACCCCAAGACGACGACACUCGUGACACACACGCAUUUCGCAAAAGGAGGCGAGAAUGGAUACAGCAACAACUGGCUAGCGUCCAAAAGUCUGGACAGCUGCCUUCUUCUCUAGAAUAUAGACAAGUGGACGAGAGCUGCUGCUGGAUAUGUGCUAGAAGAGGUCAAUUCAAGUUCUGUCCACAGGUUUCGUCAAAGGACUACAAUCCGCGGAUUAUCAUCGAAGAUCAUUUGAGCGCAGCAUUCUUUGCAAGUGAAGUGGCAAACCCUCGAUGGCAGCCUGGGAAGCAGCGCCUUGUAUUUUAUACCGAUAUGGCCGCCAUCAAUGGAACUGGGCACGACCCUGACAUCGCUGGAGCGGCUGUCACAUAUAAAAGCAUCCUAGGAAAUGGUGGUGAUGGUGUCUCCAGCUGGUCUGAUGCAUCAUAUGGCAUUAUCGGUAGUAACCGGCCGGAUAAAGUCGAGUUGUAUGCCAUUGGACUAGCACUGGAAAUCGCGGUCUCGCAGAUUCAAACUACCUUGCACGACCCAACUGUACACCCCACAGUACUUAUCAUCACAGAUUCCCAAGCAGCCCUAUACUUCAUUCAUGACUUCAUGUGGCAAGGAACUAUCCCGUUUCUGUUUUCACAAGAGACUUUCGCCAAUCUCAUGAAACCGAUCAGCACACUCAACGAGAAUAAUAUCCCCAUCGAGUUUCACUGGGCGCCUUCUCAUACAGACAUCGAGGGCAAUUCACGGGCUGACAAGUUAGCGGGAGCAGCCAGUAACUGGACACUUUCGAGAAUCCCAAGGAAACACCGGCGGAAACUAUUGACAUGCCAUGUCAUCAGAAUACCUAGCUCGACACAUUCAUGGAGUGUUCCAGUCUCUAGUAUUAUUGCCAUGGAGCCUCGUAGAGUCUUUCUGGAACGUUCACCACGAUCCCUUGCGGCGGAACAGAUCGAAGCGAUGCAAGCCGAGUGGAUUUCAGACCAGAUGGCGGAUGUAUAUCGCUCGAGCAGUUUAAGCGAAGUGAAGCCCAUAUUCUCAAGCAUUUAUGAAAAAAGCCAGACCAAUUUCAUUCCCAGGCCUCUGCUAUUGCGCAAGACAUCAGUUACUGGUCAGGCUGAAAACGAGGCCCCAUUAGGAGAAGCUACAUAAUGUAUAGCGUAUCCGUACGGAUACCCUGAAUUCCAAUAUGCCGGACUGUGAUAGAGGUACCAGCUUAACCAUUUCGUCAAUCAUGUUGUUUCUAGAGACCGAUAGGCAUGUAUCACGAUUAUAAUGAAACGCAACAUAUUGGCCUUGAGCAGAC